AGAAACGAAGAAAAUAAAGUGUAACAAAUAAGAUCGAUCAAUUCCGCUUCCAACGCAAUCUUAUAGAAUGGAAUUCCAUUAACGUCUUAUCUCUCUCUCUCUCUCUCUCUCUCUCUCAUUCGAUACUUUCUUUCAUCCAUUCAUUCCAUUUCAUCAUCACAAUCCACUCUCUCUCUAAUGUUAGGGUUAUCGUAACGGAAUUAACCAACCGGUGCAGUUACACCACCAAGCACCUUCAAUCUCAUUCAACAAUGGCCACAUUCACUUAUAAUUACAAAAUGUUCAAAUGCUUCAACAGAAAAUUCGCAAUCUCCGAACAGGCACCGCCCUCCGAUGUCAAAGAAACUUUUUCCGAGUUCGCCAAAGGCGGUUCAUCCAUGUCCGCCGAUCAACUCCGACGGUUUCUACUCGAAUACCAACGCGAACCGGAUUGCACCGAAGAGGAUUCGAAACGGAUCGUCGAAAAUGCUCUGCAAUCGCGGAAAGGGAAUGUCGAAAGCAAUGAAGCCGGUACCGGUGCCGGUACCGGUGCCGGAGACGGACUCACCGUCGAUGAAUUCUUCCAUUUCUUGUUCUUUGAUGAAUUUAAUGGUCCCCUGAAAUCAGAGGUACACCAUGACAUGAAUGCUCCAUUAUCACAUUAUUUCAUAUAUACAGGCCACAAUUCCUAUCUAACUGGGAAUCAGCUGAGCAGCGAUUGCAGUGAUGUGCCAAUCAUAAAGGCUUUGCAAAGAGGUGUGCGAGUAAUUGAAUUAGAUUUAUGGCCAAAUUCAACUAAAGAUGACAUCGUUGUAGUUCAUGGAAGGACACUUACCACCCCUGUCUCACUCGUUCAAUGUUUGAAGUCCAUAAAAGAGCAUGCUUUUGUUAAAUCUCGUUACCCAGUCAUUAUAACUUUAGAAGAUCAUCUCACACCAGAUCUUCAAGCUAAAGUUGCGGAGAUGACAACUCAAAUCUUUGGAGACAUGCUCUAUUUUCCUCAGACAGAUCCUUUGACAGAAUUCCCCACACCAGAGUUACUAAAAGACCGUGUUCUUAUAUCAACCAAACCACCAAAAGAAUAUCUCGAUUCCAAACAAUUUAAGGAUGCUAGUGACAGUGAAAGGGAAUUGGGUGAAGAAGGAUCAUUGUCCCCAGCCCUUAGUGUUGAAGUUGAAGCUGAUGACAGAUGUAAUGGAAGUGAUCACGAUGAGGAAGGUUUGAAUCCCCGUGAUAAAAAGCCAGACCAGCAGAAUGCACCUCAGUACAAACGUUUGAUUACAAUCCAUGCUGGUAAACCCAAGGGUAACAUAAGGGACCACCUAAAAAUUGCUGGGGAUGUUAAGCGCUUGAGCUUGAGCGAGCAGGAACUUGAAAAGGCUUCCGCCUCUUAUGGAGCUGAUAUUAUUAGGUUUACACAGAAGAACAUUAUUAGGGUGUAUCCAAAGGGAACACGUGUCACCUCUUCAAAUUACAGGCCACAUAUAGGGUGGAUGUAUGGAGCUCAGAUGGUCGCAUUUAACAUGCAGGGGCAUGGAAAAUCACUCUGGUAUAUGCAAGGGAUGUUUAGAGCAAAUGGUGGGUGUGGUUAUGUGAAAAAGCCUGCGUUUCUUAUGGAAAAAGGUCCGCACAAUGAGUUUUUUGAUCCUAAAAGAACACUGCCAGUAAAGACGACAUUGAAGGUGAAAGUUUAUAUGGGAAAUGGGUGGAGCUCAGAUUUUAGCAAAACACAUUUUGAUACAUUCUCUCCUCCGGACUUUUACACAAAGGUUUGUAUUGUUGGAGUACCAGCUGAUCAAGCCAAUAAGAAGACCAAGGUAAUUCAAGAUAAUUGGUUUCCCAUCUGGGAUGAAGAGUUUGAGUUUCCUUUGAGAAUUCCAGAGCUUGCUUUGCUCCGGAUCGAAGUUCGAGAGUACGAUAAGCAUGAAAAGGAUGACUUUGGUGGACAAACAUGUUUACCAGUCCCUGAGCUAAAAUCCGGAUUCCGAGCCGUCCCUUUAUAUGAUGAGAAGGGUGAGAAAUUAAAAUCUGUAAAGCUUUUAAUGCGAUUUCAGUUUACAUGAACUAUACAUGGAUUAGCUAGCCAUAUAGUAUGGUCUCCAAUAUUCCUAGGGGGUUUUCCUUCUGACUAGUGACUAGGGAUAUCAAGAAGAUUGUUGUAACUUGUAACUGUAUAGAUUAUUACGUGAUUAUUUAACUGCUUGAAGCAAAAUUAUGGGAUUCAGAGGUUAUACUUAUAUUUACCUUCAAGAUCAAGUCAUCGCCACAUGCAGUAUUAAGAACUUUCAAUAUUGUACCAGGGUGUUUUGAUCUUAUGCCAGAUAGAAUGUAUGUUUUAAGGUGUAUGCUGAUGUGAUACCUGAGAGCAGAAAGCCAUAAUAUAGAUGUGAAUUGGAUGU